AUGGCACACAUUCAGGGCCUUCCCAUAGAGCUCCUACAUCUCAUUCUGUCUUGCUUUGUCCGCCCAGGUGAUCUCGAGCUACUGAGCGGAGAUCAAAACACGAAAGCCGAAGACGGCAAGGCAAACGAAUUGGAUGACGACGACGAUGGCGACGAGGAUGACAAUGAUGAACUGGAUGGAAUUGACACUCUGCACAAUAUUUGCCUAGUUUCGCGGAAGUUCCGUGAGGUGGCCCAACCUUUGCUCUUCCGUGAUCUUUUUGAUGAUGGUUUGACCGGUGGUCUAACCCCGACCAUCCCAUUCAUCAGAACAAUAUAUCGUCGCCCAGAUCUCGGAAAGCAUGUGCAUCAAAUCUCUAUCCUGCCUUUUCCAUUCGUCUCAGGCGGUCGCGAACCUCUUUCUGCAGAGGACUCCAAGCUCUUCGAAGGCGCAAUUAAGGACCUUGGAUUGGACGAUCAGGAGGAGAUCUGGAUUUUGGCCAUGGAGAAAUCUGACCUCGGUGUUUUGGCAGCAUUGCUAGCCAACAAGGCUCCCAAUCUUCGUGGGCUACAUGUACCAGUGCGCUACUUCUGGACCCAGCCAUUCAUCCAGCUUUUCCGUCACAAUCCAAGUUUUUUGUCGAACCUUGAGUCUAUCUGGAUUGAAAACGAUGACGAAAUUUCCGGCUUCGAUAUUGCUUCCUACGAGAAAUUCCUCACCCUUUCCAAGGUCAGGUUUUCAACCUUUGAGUACGGCAAUCUCUUCGACGAAUCGUUUCCAUCUACCUGGUUGCCAAGAACAUUGGAGACACAGUACCUGGCCUUCCACCACUGCCAUAUCGAUGCUGCCGCCAUCAAAAAGUUCAUGCAAGCGUGCAAAAAGCUAAGGACCUUUACCUAUAACAAUUUCAGCUUGGACCCUAACGACCGACGCAUCAUGCCUGCGGGAACCAUACCCGAGUUUGACGCUAAGCAGGCUCACGAAGCUGCCCUCCUACAUAAGGACACCCUUGAGCUCUUCCACCUCGAGUACGCAAUGGAACUACCGGACGUCGAGCAUAUCGAGCAACUCGUUUCUAGCCAUGUCAAGGUUGGCUCAUUCCGCGAUUUCUCCGUGCUCGAGACCAUCCUCAUCCCACACGCUUCUCUUCCGCCACACCCUCAAUUCCCCAGCUCGCUAGUGAGGCUUCAUAUCACCGACUGCAACUCGUCCAUCCGGGAGUUGGCUCAGAACAUCGCGACAGAUUCUAAAAAUGGUCUUUAUCCGAAGUUGACUAACGUUAAGGUAUUCGCUAUCGACAUCACCCAGCCCAUUAAAUUUCCUGGGCAACGUGUCCCAGAAGGGAAGACUCCAGAGCAAUGUUUCCUUGCUCUGAAGGAUAUGUUCAAAGGAACCAAAGUGAAUUUCAAUAUCUUACCGUAUGAAUUACCUGAUUUUGAUGAUUACGAUGAUCUCGACAUCGAUUAUGACGAAGAUCUCGGUUUUGAGGAAGAUUUCCUAGAACCGGAAUUCGAAGACCAUCCAUAUCCACCAGAAGCAGAUCCCAGCUUGGGUCCGAUCCCACCACGGCUUCUCGAUCUACUUAUGCAGCGGGCUAUGAGGGACCCUGAAUUUGCACACCUUCACCCCGACGAGGAUAGUGAUGACGAUUCGUGGGAAACUGAUGAUGAUUCAUGGGAAAGUGAUGACUCCGAGUCAGCCAACUAA